AUGGAUUCGAGACCGACGCUAAGAGGUAAUUCAAUCGCGAGAAGUCGGCAAAGCCUCCAGGGUAUGAUCAGCGGAUUAGGGUUAGGGUUAACAAGCUACUACGAGUCUGGCGAGCUUUUUAAGGCCUCCUCGACCGGAAUAUCUUGGAUCGGUUUCAUCCAAAGCUUCCUGCUUCAGCUUAUCGGGCUCAUCGCCGGACCCGUCUACGACAGGGGCUACCUCCGCCUGCUCCUCAUCACCACAGCGUCAUGGCAGUUUCGGUCUUAUGAUGCUCUCCCUGAGCACCGAAUAGUGGCAAGCAUUGCUGGCGCAAGCCUUCUGCCACGCGCCUCGGCCGUCGGCAUUGCGUCGACCGGUGGCGUCAUCUACCCUAUCGUGCUAACCCGGCUCAUCCCGCAGGUUGGCUUCCCCUGGGCCGUGCGGUGUGUCGGCUUCGUCGCCCUCGCCGCCUUCAUAAUCCCGCUGGCCGUGUUGCGGAUACGUGUGCGCGUGCCGAAGCCGCGUGCCAUGGUAGACUGGUCCGUGUUCCGCGACGCGCCCUUCAUGUUCUUCACGCUGGGCGUGCUCAUCGUCUUCAUCGCCCAGACCGUAGUUGUCUUCUACAUAUACUUCUACCCGGCGGACCGCAGCUUCACCGACACGUCGUUGGUGUUCUACAUGGCGGCCAUCUUCAACGCCGGGUCGGUUCUGGGGCGGAUCCUGCCCAACGCGCUGUCCGAUCGCAUCGGCCUGUUCAGUACCAUUGUGCCGCUCACGGUGCUACUGGGCGUCACGAUAAUAUGUCUGCUCGGCGUGUGCAACGCGGCGGGAAUUUUCAUCGAGGUGGUCGUCACGGCGUUCUUCAGCGGCGUCAUCAUCGCUCUGCCGCACGUGUGCUUCCGCGUGCUCACAGAGAACGAGUCCAUGAUUGGCACACGCAGGGCAGGAUUUUGCGAUUGGUGGACUCGGCUUGUUGGCUGGCGGGCCGAGUGCUGUGCCGGUCUCGGCACGACCGUCGAUCCGCUGAAUGGGACUGGCCUGUGGGUUUAUGGGGGUGCAACGGCGUGUGUAGCCGGUUUGAUCUAUGUUUGUGUUCGAAUUAUGAGGUCUGGGCUCGCGCUAAAUAUGAAAGUUUGA